AGAAAGCCCCGGCUGUGUCUCGGAGAAUGUAAUGACUGAACACGCCGUUGUUUUUACCAAUAGACCCAGUAUCCGCCGGUCCUCUUCUUUUCAUUUCCACUACAGCUUGUGUUCCUGCUCAGGACCGUCUCUGCAAUGCACUGAGGCACAGAUGCUGCCUAAAUGAGCUAACCUCUCAACUGUCUUCAAAGACAAAAGCAACAUUUUCACUGAGACCUCAGUCGUUGCCCGGCGGCGGAUGUCUCGUCGCCUGUCUCUGAGGUUGGAGGCCGGUUGGAGUCGGGAGGCGGGUCCUCAGCAGCAGCAGUGAUGCGGGCUUCAGUGGCAGGCUGCAGGAUGAGCGUGGGUGCGCUCCUUAACGGGCUGCUGGUCUCUGUAGUUGCAGCUCUGCUUUGGAAGUAUUCCAAGCUGAGUGAGCAUGCUGCCCUGCUGGAGGAAGAACUGCAUCUCACACGGCAGUCCCAGGAGCUCUCACAGGCCCGUAUCGACUACCAUGUUGCCCUACAGGCUCUUCAGGAACACGGCACACGCAUGGUCUGCACUGGCAAGAUGCACACCGACCGCAUCUGCCGCUUUGACUACCUGUGCUACUGCUCCGAGGCAGAGGAGUUUGUGUUCUUCCACUCCAAUUCUUCUGUCAUGUUGCCUAACCUGGGGUCGAGGCGCUUCCAACCUGCCCUGCUGGAUUUGUCCUCAGUAGAGGAUCACAACACCCAAUACUUCAACUUUUUAGAGCUACCAGCUGCUACUUUAAAAUUUAUGCCCAAGCCUGUGUUUGUGCCAGAUGUGACGCUGAUCCUAAACCGGUUUAAUCCAGACAACCUAAUGCAUGUGUUUCACGAUGACCUGCUCCCAGCCUUCUAUACUAUGAAACAGUAUUCAGAUUUAGAUGAUGAAGCUCGUUUGGUUUUUAUGGAGGGCUGGGGUGAAGGGCCACACUUUGACCUCUACCGACUUCUCAGCAGCAAGCAGCCACUCCUUAAAGAACAGCUUAGGAACUUUGGCAAGCUCAUGUGUUUUACAAAAUCUUACGUUGGCUUGUCCAAGAUGACCACCUGGUACCAGUAUGGUUUUGUUCAGCCACAGGGCCCCAAAGCCAACAUGUUGGUCUCAGGAAAUGAGAUCCGUCAGUUUGCCAGAGCUCUGAUGGAGAAAAUGAAUAUUACAGGGGUGGAGGAGGUGGAGAAGGAUGGAGGGAGUGGUGAAGAUGAUAAGGAGAAAGUGAAGAAGGAUGACUACAUUGUGGUGUUUAGUCGCUCAACAACGAGGCUGAUACUGAAUGAAGCAGAGUUAAUCAUGGCGCUAGCCCAAGAGUUCCAGAUGAGAGUGGUCACGGUGUCUCUGGAGGAACAGUCUUUCCCCAGUAUAGUCCAGGUGAUCAGCGCUGCCACCAUGUUGGUCAGUAUGCAUGGAGCUCAGCUCAUCACCUCACUCUUCCUUCCAAGAGGAGCUGUUGUGGUGGAGCUGUUCCCUUUUGCUGUAAACCCAGAGCAGUACACUCCGUAUAAAACCCUUGCCUCCCUCCCAGGCAUGGACCUUCACUAUGUCUCUUGGAGGAACACCAAGGAGGAGAAUACCAUCACGCAUCCAGACAGACCCUGGGAACAAGGGGGCAUCGCUCACUUGGAGAAGGAGGAGCAAGAGCGAAUACUGUUGAGCAAAGAUGUCCCCAGACACCUGUGCUGCCGCAACCCAGAGUGGCUCUUCCGGAUCUACCAGGACACUUUGGUAGAUAUCCCUUCCUUCCUGGAAGUCGUCAAAGAGGGCAUGAAGACAAAGCCCAACUUGAAGAAGUCAAAGCCGGCCAACACAGUCCACCCGGGCCGGGUCAGAGAACCCCAGUGUCAAACCUCAGUACAAACCACUAAUGAGGCUAAACUCACAGUCUCCUGGCAGAUCCCGUGGAAUCUGAAAUACCUUAAGGUCAGAGAGGUGAAAUACGAGGUGUGGAUCCAGGAGCAGGGAGAGAACACCUACAUGCCUUAUAUCCUUCCCCAGCAGAACUAUACUUUCUCAGAGAACAUUAAGCCCUUCACCACCUACCUGGUGUGGGUCAGGUGUAUCUUCAACAAGAACCUCCUGGGCCCCUUUGCAGAUGUUCUUAUGUGCCGGACUUAGUACAAACACCGUGCCAGUUUGUUGCUGUGCAGUUUUACACAAAAGUUCAGUCAUGCUUGUUCCAGACAAUCAAAUUGGAAAAGUGGACCAUUCGAUUGCAGUCAAAAAUGUGAUAUGGCAUAUCUCUACAGUCCUAGAGCAGGCUGUUGAACUCUUGCACAGUGAUAUUUCUUUGGCCAGCACAGAGAAUAUGGAACAGACUCCUGGAUAACUGCGAAGGACCUGCGAAGGACUUGAAUUACAGAGUCAGAACUCAGUGGCAACAGCCGUAAAUGAGGGGAACAGGGAGAUUUCCUGUACCUAUGAAAGAUACCGGAAUUCAAAUCAGCAAAUUUAUUUAUGUGCAAAAUAAUACAUAACAUGUUUUUUAGUAUUAGUCAAAACACUGGUUCUUUACCUUUUACAGUAUGCAAUAUAGCUUUUAUGUGGCGAGCAAGAGAGAUUUUAGAAUAGCAAGAUUUUUUAUGUUUUCUGACUUGUCCAAUGUCUACUGUGUGUGUGAUACCUGUGUGGCUUAAUUUACCUACCAGUUGUUUAAUUACAUACACUGUUAUUUGCAGAGCCAAAACCAAAGCAACCUUUUCCACAUUGUUUCAGCCAGUCAUGACUCAUGCCAUAUUACUUUCUCAUGUUGUGGAUCUCUCAUACCUCUAAUGUUUGCUAGUAUACUCAGAAACCCUGUCUCUAAGGACAUUGUGAAUUAUUUGUUUAAAGAAGUGUCAAGCAAGAGUUCUCACGAUUGUUACAGCAAUCAAUGUUUUUGACCCUGAAAGCAAACAUUUGUGUAAUUUCUGAAUAAUUUAUGGAGCAUGUUGUGAUGAAAGACACUGUUUUUAACAGGUCUGUCUUCAAAUUGUUCCUUUACAUAUUAUAAAUAUAACAACAAACAAGAAGUGUUAUUUCCACAGUGCCCAGCCACAAAUAAUUUACAUCCAUUUUACUGCAUAAAUAAAUAAUUUUUCUCUAAUUGCCACUAAUUACAACUGUAAUAAUUAUAAUUUCCUGUGGAGAGUGAAUCUAUUAUGCCAGGCUAUAAUUAGUGUAAAGCAGUUUCCUUCCUGUAAGCAGCAGAAUGGUGCUGGACAGUCAGAUUGUACUGCCUUUUCAUUAAGAUAACAAGGUAUCUUGCAGCAUAGGAUUCCACUGCCUUGUGUAAGACUCUUAAUUAAAAUAAAGUUCCCAGCUAUGCGUCUUUUUACUCUCCUCAGAGUCUUUCUAGCUGGUAAGCCGUCUAAUGUUGGAUUUUACUUCCAAAACUGGCCGUCAAAGUUGUUUUUGUGUCUUUUGCUAAUGAAGUGCUGCUUGUUGAUAGCUAGAUUGCAAAAAUGUAUUAUUUAGACACUUGGAGGUGUUACUAUGUGGUAUUAGACAUGUAGCAAGAGAUGGUUUAUGGAAUGGCACAAGUUGGACAAAACACUGCCACCAACAUAUUGUGUUAUAUUGUACCAUUAUUAAGAUGAUGUUAUGUACUGUUCUUAGACUUUAUAUCUGUGACCAGUUCUCUAAACAUUACAUUACCUUCUUUGUAAUGUUUUCACUGCUGGCCAUUAGGAAGCUCCUUGUCCCUUACCUGACAUCUUAAAUUUGCCAUACAUCCUCUUUCUCUCUUUUUCACCUCACUCAUACUUUUUUCCAAAGUUCUCAGAUGCAGUUCUGUUUCUUGAUGCACGUUUAAGAGAUUAUUUGAAGCCAUUGUUGUGUGUGCCGAAUGUGAUGGUUUAGAUAUGUAUGUUUGUAGCAUUGGUUAGAUUUCUGUGUGCCCCUUCCCCACCUCAGUGAAGACAUGCUGUAUGUGCUGAGUGAAAUGAGAGUGUACAAGUCUCUGUUUUUUACAUUAGCAAAUA